AUGACCAAAGCGGAGGUAGAAGACAACAUCUGCGAGUUCUUGACCGAAUGUGACAACCACUUCCACAGCCUCACCAUUUGCCCCAUACACCAUCCCUUGGCGUCAGCAUGUGUAUGCCAGGAAAAGAUGAACUACAAGCACAUUGCCAGCAGUCUCGAGAAAUCUUGGGCAAGACCUAUUGAUCCCGGUCACGUCAAAGCCAUAGUCGAAGCAACCUUGAGCGCUCGAGUCGAGGUCAUCAACGAGAAUAAUGGUAUCAAGAACGAUAUAAAGGGGGCCAAAAGCCUCAUCCUCCUCAACGUUCAUAUCCUCCUUUGCAUAUUCGCAGAGUUCAAGCAUAGCCACGAUUGCAGUCUUGUGAAUAGCCUUACUUGGAACAUCACUGGUGCUAUCGACCAGAAACAAGAAGCUCAAGAGAGGAAAAAAACGCUUCUCAGGCAACGAAAGGCUAAGAAAGCCAAGUCUGUCCCAGGCGCUGGAGAUCCUUCAACGGCAGAUGCGGCUGUCGCUGAGGAAAGGAAACAAUGA